UAAGUCACGCGAUAUUUCCGAAAUCUCGCCCAUGCAUUAUACUUCUGGAAACCCCGGCUGAUCUUCCUUUCUCAACAUGGCACCGAAGGUGAAGAAGGAAGUUGUCCCUGCUAAGACUGAGGCCAAGUCAAAGGCUCUGAAGGCCAAAAAGGCUGUGCUCAAAGGGGUUCACAGUCAGAGGAAGAAGAAAAUCAGGACUUCUCCCACCUUUCGUCGCCCCAAGACCCUCCGUCUCCGUAGGCAGCCCAAGUACCCUCGCAAAAGUGCUCCUCGCAGAAACAAGUUGGAUCAUUAUGCCAUUAUCAAGUUCCCCUUGACGACAGAGUCCGCAAUGAAGAAGAUUGAGGACAACAACACACUUGUAUUCAUUGUUGACGUCAAGGCCAACAAACAUCAAAUCAAACACGCUGUUAAGAAGUUGUACGAUAUUGAUGUUGCUAAAGUCAACACGCUCAUCAGGCCGGAUGGUGAAAAGAAGGCAUAUGUUCGCCUUGCACCUGAUUAUGACGCGUUGGAUGUUGCAAACAAGAUUGGCAUCAUCUAAACUGUGGCUCAAGAGAUGUGGAAUAAAUAUUUGUACAAACUAUAAA